AUGCUACCCAUGGUAUCCAACAAGACCACAUCCGCAACUCUUCCAGGGGUCAAUCAACCAGGUGCUGAAGAAUCGAGCAAGACCAUGGCAUCCGGACAUCGAGGCAAUGCUCUCAUUGACGGUGAUGAUUCUGGCAUCAAACGCAGGGGCCACUCCACAAUCGACGCUCCUCUGAGUAAGGUAGCUAAAGCAAAGCAUGCAUCCCCAACGCCAGCAUUGAUCACGAGAAGAAAAGCCCGUGUGCUUGACACCGAGGAAGCGGCCGGCACUACAUCAUAUCCGUCCCCACCCCUACUCCAACUGAAUGAGCUGGAGGAAGCAUCGAAUGGUCGGAAUUUUCCGAACAUACGUCCCGGCUGUCCAAGCGAUCGGAACAAAGCAACUGUGACAAGAGAUACUGGUGAUCCCAACAGCGAGGACAUGGCCCCAAACCAGCACAGCAAAUUCACUUCACUACCGCCGGUCAAAGAGCAUGGAUCUAUCACGGUGACUGCGCCAACAGAUGCUGCGUCUGACAACGAAGACGGAGACAACGACUCCGUGCAGGGACUUGAGGUACCUGGAGCGGAGGCGAUGCAUGUAUGCUUGUGCCUUAAGCUCACCAUUUCGCUAGACGACAAUGAGUAUGAUCGAGAACGCCUCGCAACGGAACUUUUCGACGUCCUGUUUGGCAAGCUUCAGAAGCUGGACAUUGUUAUCGUGGAAAGCACAUUGGAUCUACUCGAAUCGAUCUACGAAAUGAAUCGUUUGCGCCCGACGAAUCUGUCCAUGGCCAACCUAGGUCGCUAUCGGGAUUCCUUCGACCAAUGGCUCAAGUGUUUCAGGCUCGUGAUCCAGUACUACAAAGAUACAAAGUUCACGGGCAACUUGAGCGAGCGAAGCGCCUUCAAGAUGACCUUGCCAGGUAAUCUUGCAAAGUCAAUGACUCAGAUUCUUCUUCGGGGUCGUUAG